GCAUCAAUAACCACCGACAAUAGUCAUCGCCGAUGAAUUACGAUGUAUGAAAACCAGGCUUUAAGAUUUUAAAAUAGGAUUUUUUUGUCCCUCUUCUUGUUAUGAAUUUGCGCAGUGAAAGGAAAAGGAACGUGAUUGGUUAGCUGUGCGAGUAUCUGAUUGGUGCAAUUCGUUUCGUUAAACAAAAGUUGGUGUAGUAACACUGAUCUAUAAUAUGGUGAUGGUCAAUCCAGCCAAUCCAUAUCUCCAUAUUUUUAUUAGGCAUAGAGUUGUGAAAAACAAAACCCUUACAGGAACAAAUGUUAAUCUAACGAAACUCCGUCCUCAAACUAAAUUCUUUCCUAUAUCUUGCACUCGACUGAAAGUCAAUUUAAAUACAACACGGAAGUCUACCGGAAAUACGAAUGCCUAAGAUGUAAACGAAACUCGUAGGUUUUCCAGGAACCUCUUGAGCAGUACAACACUAGCUACUGAAGCGAUUUAUUGUGCUGUGUUUUCGCUUCAAGGCAAGCAGGCCUUGAAAUAUAUCAUAGACUGGUAUCAUGGCAGGGAUUGAACAGCAGAAUUUGGAUCCGAAGCGGACAGUCGCUGUACUAAACGUCCCUCCUAAUCUGAGGAAAAGUGAAUUGACGAUUCACUUUCAGAAAUCAAAAUAUGGCGGUGGAGAUGUCAACGAUGUUGUGGUAGACGGAAAUAUCGCGUUUGUAACGUUUGAUUCAGCUAAAGAUGCAACAGGCGUCCUUAAUCAUCCUGAACAAACUAUCGAUGACAACAAGGUUCAAAUUCAGAAAUAUAAAACAUGGUUGGCAGAGAAGAAACAGGAGAAAAGGGUGGCAGACAAGAAAAACGACAAUCGCAAAGUGGAUGAAGAAAAUGGGGUUAAAACAAUUUACGUAAGUGGAAUCAAAGAAACUACAACAGAAGACUUAAUUUGUUUGUUCUUUGAAAACAAAAGAAGAACUGGUGGAGGUGAACUAUGUGAAGGCAAUCAAGGAUACAAGAGAAUCUCCCCAACUGUGGCUCGUUUGACGUUUCUUCGCUCCAAAGCUGUGCAAAAUAUUCUCCGUGCGGCAAACGAAAAGCCAUUUAUACUGGACAACAAUCCGUUAACAGUGACCACAAAACUGGAACCAACACACGACAAAAGUAUUUUGCUUGUAAAGAACCUUAGUCUGUCGACGAGCAAGGAAACACUUAGAGACUUCGUGGAAACAAAGAAAAAUACUGAUGUCUUGAACGUUGUCCCUGGAAAACAUGGCAAAGCUAUUGUGAUACUAGAAAGUGAAAUAGAUGAGGAUUCUUCAGAUGAUGAUUGCUCCAACAGUGAAGAUCCUUCCAAUAGCUUCGAAUUAGAAGAGUCUAUUAUUUCCCUUGAAUUUGCUCCUCUAACUAAAAGUAUACGAGUCAGCAAUAUUCCCGAAGAAACAACGUCAGAUUCGAUCAAAUACAAAUUUUCAAACCCCAAAAUCGGUGGUGGCACAGUGACGGACAUUACGCUAGAUGAAAACAAUGGCGUUGCAAAUGUUUACUUUAAGGAAUCGUCAGUUGUGUCUGCUCUUGUGAAAAAGUCACAUAAAAUUAACGACGUUUCUUUAACCGUUAUUCCCUACUACGACGAGUUUGAAGAACUACAAAAAGCUAAAGAAGUAAAAAAGUCCGAGUUCUUUGGUGAAUAUCACGUUGAACCUCUUGUCAUGGACUAUAUUUUCAACCACCAGGAAUUUGAAAGAAUGAAGUUCAACUGCAAGUCGAUGAAAUAUGAUCAAGAGAAAUCAACUUUUCAUUUUAUCAAAGAUUCUGACGAUCUUAAAACAGAGUUUCGAAACAACUUAGAAGAGUUUUUACACUCGUUUGUCAAAGAAGAAGUGGGAAUCCCCAAAAAUGUUUUCAAGAAAGUCAAGGAAACGAUUGAAAGCAAACGCGAUGAAUUUGUCGCUGACGAGGUUGAUUUUAUCUUCGAUAAAUCAAAUGUUACAUUCGUUGGAAAGAAACAGGACAUUGCAGAAAAGAAAGAAUUCGUUGAAGCGAUGAUCGAUCAGUUCACAGAAGAUGCAAAUGUUGAAACUGCAGAGAUGGUAGUCGAAGAAAAAAAUAAAUUAAAGUUUUUGAAUUUUAUUGGUUAUUUUGAGCAACUUAAAACAGACUUUCCUGGAUUUACAAUCCAUGGAACAGACAGCCCAUCUGGAAAAUUAUCGCUUGUAGGAAGAGCAGAGAUAAUGAAGGAUAUCCAAUUAAGAAUCCUUCAAGAUUUAAUGAAGAUUUCAGUGGUCGAAGUGUCGUUGAGUGAUCGUCAGAUUGGUUUCUUGAAGUGGACGGACUGUCAGAUUGUUAAUGAUGAGUUGAUUAAAUGUGAAGCUAUGUUGUUGUUGAUUAACGAAGCGAAGAUAUUUUGUUGGAAGAAAGAUAAUAAGGAGAAAAAGCUUUCUGACAUCGUGCAUUUAAAAGCAACAGAGAAAUGUGUUCAAGUCGACGAGGAGACCGCAAAGGUUCUGGCAAAGUCAGGAAAACUACACGAAUUGAAGAAAGAAAUGUUUGAUAAACAGUGGGUGCUGAUAGAUCAAGAGCUCAAUAAUCCUUGCAACAUUUGGAUAGUCUGUGAAAAUUCUAAAAUGAUGAACGCCGAACAAGAGGUAACAAGUGUAACUGACGAAAAGAAAAUCUCCAGGGAAACAUUUAAACCUAUGGAUCGAAUGAAAGUUCGUUUCCUGUAUGAGCAUUGCUUUCCUGAGAUUAAACAGAAAGAGAGAAGUUUAGAAAAAGAAGGCGUUGUUGUUACAAAAACCAACUCUGAUUCGCUCGAAGUAACAGGAACUUCUGCGGGUAGAAAAGAAAUGAUACUGUUUCUCGAUAUACUGGCCGGAGAUGUUUAUUUCAAAGCCCAGCCUCUAAACGAACCAGGCAUGAAAAGACAAAUGAGUUCAAAAGCAGAAGAUGCAAUUAUCUGUGGAGUUGGGAAGGACUACAAAUGCGGUGUUAUUGAUCAAGCAAGGCGACCAGAAAAAGCCCUCAAAACGCAUGAAUCCCCUGUGGUAGCAGACUGGAUGGUCGCAGCGAAUAGCGAAGCAACAGCAGUGAACUUGCCCUAUCGUUCCAUGCCAUCCGUAGAUAAUAAAGAAAGGAUGGUCUCCAGACAAGGAAUAUCGAAACAAAUAAAGACAGAAGACGAUAGUUGCAAAGUAGAUGGAGUUAAAACUAUUUACGUGGGUGGAAUUAAAGAAACAACUACAAGAGACUCCGUAUGCUUGUUCUUUGAAAACAAAAGAAGAACUGGUGGAGGGGAAUUAUGUGAAGGCAAUCAAGGAUACAAGAGAAUUUCCCCAACUGUGGCUCGUUUGACGUUUCUUUCCUCUAAAGUUGUCAAAGAGAUUCUGCGAAAAUCAAACCAAAUGCGAUUUAUGCUGGACGGCAAUCUGUUGAGAGUGACGACGGAGUUUGAACCAACACACGACAGAAGUAUUUUGCUCGUAAAAAACCUCAAUCCAUCGACCACCAAGGAAACACUCAAAGACUGCGUGGAGACCAUGAAAAAUGCCGAUGUCUUCAACGUUAUUCUUGGAGAGGAUGGCAAAGCUAUCGUGAUACUUAAAAGUGAAAUAGGUGACGAUUCUUCACAAGAUGAAACCUCUUCAAACAGUGAAAAUCUAACCAAGUUAGACGGAUCUGAAAUUUCUCUGGAAUUUGCUCCUUUCACUAAAGGCAUACGAGUCAACAAUAUCCCCCAAAAAACAACGUCAGAUUCGAUCAAAUUCAAAUUUUCAAACCCGAACAUCGGUGGUGGCACAGUGACAGACAUUAUGCUAGACAGGAACAAUGGUGUCGCUAACGUUUACUUCGAACAAAAUUCAGUUGUUUCUGCUCUUGUGAAAAAGUCACAUAAAAUUAGCGACGUUUCUUUAACCGUGAUUCCGUACUACGACGAGUUUGAAGAACUACAAAAAGCUAAAGAAGUAAAAAAGUCCGAGUUCUCUGGUGAUUAUCAUGUUGAACCUCUUGUCAUGGACUAUAUUUUCAACCACCAGGAAUCUGAAAGAAUAAAGUUCAACUUCAAGUCGAUGAAAUAUGAUCAAGCGAAGUCAACUUUACAUUUUACGAAAGAUUUUGAUGAUCCUAAGCUGGCGACAGAAUUUCAAAAUAAAUUGAAAGAGUUUUUACAUUUGUUUUCCAAAGAGGAAGUGAAAAUUCCGAAAAAUAUUUUAAACAAAGUCAAGGAAACGAUUGAAAGCAAACGCGAUGAAUUUGACGCUGACGAGGUUGAUUUUAUCUUUGAUAAAUCAAAUGUUUCAUUCGUUGGAAAGAAACAGGACAUUGCAGAAAAUAAGCAAUUCGUUGAAGCGAUGAUCGAUCAGUUCACAGAAGAUGCAAAUGUUGAAACUGCAGAGAUGGUAGUCGAAGAAAAAUAUAAAUUAAAGUUUUUGAAUUUCAUUGGUUAUUUUGAGCAACUUAAAACAGACUUUUCUGGAUUUACAAUCCAUGGAACAGACAGCCCAUCUGGAAAAUUAUCGCUUGUAGGAAGAGCGGAGAAAUUGAAGGAUAUCCAAUUAAGAAUCCUUCAAGAUUUAAUGAAGAUUUCAGUGAUCGAAGUGUCGUUGAGUGAUCGUCAGAUUGGUUUCUUGAAGUGGACGGAUUGUCAGAUUGUUAAUGAUGAGUUACUUAAAGAUGACGCCAUGUUGUUGUUGACUGAUGUCAAAGGCAAGGUCGGGGCUAAGGGCCUACAAGCGAAGAUAUUUUGUUGGAAGAAAGAUAAUAAGGAGAAAAAGCUUUCUGACAUCGUGCAUUUAAAAACAACAGAGAAAUGUGUUAAAAUCGACGAGGAGACCGCAAAGGUUCUGGCAAAGUCAGGAAAACUACAAGAAUUGAAGAGAGAAAUGUUUGAAAAACAGGAGGUGCUGAUAGAGCAGGAGAUCAAUAAUCCUUGCAACAUUUGGAUAAUCUGUGAAAAUUCUAAGAUGACCAACGCUGAACAAGAGCUAGCAAGUGUAACUGAUCAAAAGAAAAUCUCCAGGGAAACGUUUGAGCCUAUGGAUCGAAUGAAACGUCGUCGGGUUAAGAAAACGUAGAUAUAAUAAUAGUCCGUGUGUUAUAAAUCUACGCAACAAACGACUACGUACAACUGAUAACUUCCAUCGUCUCAUCGUACUUCCAUUGGGACUUAGUCCCAUCACAUGCUAUAAAUGCAUAUUGACGUGAUGACGUGCACAUGGUCACAACAAAAAUCAAGACAGUU